ACUUUCUUAAAAGGAAUCCUUUGUUAACGAAAUGGGUAAACUAACAUCUCCACUUUGUAAAUUUAGGCGCCGUAGCAGGGCAUUGGUUGCACAAGCAGGGGCUGAUGCUGGUGAAAUUGUGGUUGACGAAUCCGAGGACGAAAUCAAGAUUGACAACUUUAGGGAGGAUUAUGGUUUUCCUGUAAAAGAAACUGUGAAAGGAUGUGUGCUCAAACAGUCACCGCGCAGGGAAGAACAGAGAUCCGAAGUAGAAUCUUGUCCAUUUGCCAAGGAGUUUCAAGCCCCAACGCAUCAUCAAGAUGAGCAAGAACAGGAGCAAGUUGAUGAUGAACAACAAGAGCAUGGAAAUUGGCAGGAAGAUGAGGAAGAACCACAGCCACAGGUAGAAGAGGAGGAAGAAGAACAAGACGAGCAACAGGAAGAUCAAGAUUCAAAGGAAUCCCUCUCUACACUCUUGACAAGAUUGAGCUCCGAAAGCGUAAACCUUGACAACAUAAAGAGCAUGUCACUUACCCUGAACAAUAUUUCAUCUGACUUGUCAAUGCUCCAGUCAUACUGCACAAGCAGAAUACAGGACAUGAUACUAAGCUCAAACCUUGCAGAAAAGUGCAUGGACUCUCUGGUACCCUUCUGUGCGCCUUCACAAUCCACAGAAUUACGACCGGUUGAUAAAUUGCUAACUUUGGGUAAUGGAUGCUUCAGCGAUAGCAGUGCACCAAUGGUUUUAAACAAUACAGAAUUACAAGUUGUUGAUGUCACAAAGGAAGAGGAACUAAAAGACCCUCCUACAUUACCAUCUGGUAUAAAGUUUGUUGAUGACCUCAACAAAAUGCUGGAUUGCUGGUCUGAUUACUCGUCACCUGACCGUGUGAACAUAUUUAAGCUCUUUAACAUCUCAGCAAUUUUGAGAUACUUGGGAGAUCCAAGGUGUGUGGAAAUAAUAAACAACCUUGGGCGUAAAGACCUUCUUUCUCUUCCAGACAGUGAUCAGAAGUGGAGCCAGAUUCUCAGGGAUGCAUCUGCUGACAAAAAUGUUACUUUACACCCACUACCAGAACUUCCAAACAAGAAUGUUGUAUCAAACUGUAACGUAAAACUCGUGGAUUUACCUGUUAUUGAUAAUAGAGUUGAUGAACAUGCAUUCAAGUUGUAUUGGUCUUAUACCAAUAAGUGGCUCACAAAAAUGUUUGGACCCUCAUUUCGUCACACCUACAAAUUCUUGCAACCCACCAAAAAAUGGUACUUGGCUCUAGAAAGGACCUCGCAGGUAUUUUUCCUGAGGUUAUCUAAAACAUUGUGCUGUACACAAUAG